AUGGCACUGACCUUCCUGACUUUGCCGCCAGAGAUCCGCCUCAUUGUAUAUCGAAACCUUUUGGCCAACAAGAAUGUUCGCCUAAAACCACAUAUGCGGCUUCCCAUCCAGAAAAUUGAGCUCUCUAUCUCAGGUGAGGACACUGAGACAGAUACGGAGACCCUUUAUCUUGGGGGCAAAAAGAUAGAAUAUGACGCUUGA